CUGAUCGGUUUGUUGUCAGCUAAUCGCAUUCCAGUACCAAAGGAAAGGAUCGUUAAUGGUAAAAACGUGAAAAUCCAAGAGAUCCCUUGGCAAGUUGCGGUCCUUGUCAACGGAAAUGCACUGUGUGGCGGUGUUGUCUACAAGAAAAAUAUUGUCCUGACUGCUGCUCACUGUAUGGGAUUACCUUACGAUUACUCGGUGCGUGCAGGAUCUCCCUCGAAGAGUUCCGGUGGACAGAUAGUGAAGGUGGCAAAGUCCAAAGUCCGCAAAGGAUACGACAUUGGAAUGCUCUUUCUAAGCUCUCCUCUCAAAUUUGACAAUUUCACACAGCCCAUCGAAUUGGCGGAUAAAAGUUCAGAGGGAGAGACACCUGCUAUUGUCAGCGGUUGGGGAGGGAAUAGUUUUAAUCCAAAUAUGCCAGGUCCAGAUUAUUUGCAGGGAGCAAAUGUCACGGUAAAAGAUCGCUGUCGUUGCCAAAAAGCAUUUAACGCUUUAGCUGUCCUGUUGGCCGAAGAUCCUAGACCUUUAAAGGCUCACGAGAUUUGUGCUUCCCUGUAUGGUUAUGGUUCUUGUCAUGGAGACUCUGGCGGAUCUUUGGUUAGCUGGAAAGACAAAAAACUAAUAGGCAUAGUUUCUCAUGGUUUUGAUGCCUGACACCGGGUGUUUAUGUUAAUAUCGCUUGGAUGAAGGAGUGGAUCGAGGAAACUGCUGUCAAAUAUGUUUACUAGAAGGAACAAACU